CUGAGUGUUGGAUCUCGUAUUUGGUUAGUAUCGUGAAUUAUUACUAUCAUAUUUAUAUCAUUAAUGUGAAAACUCUUGAUGUUUAUUCUGUGGUUAUAAAAUAAAUAAACUGAAGUUAAACAUCCAAUUUACGCCACUUAAACAUAAAAAAUUCACCCGAGUUAAUACGUAGCUCUAAAUUUUAGGUACAUAAAUCUAACUCAGUAAACAAGUAGAUAUCCGUCUAUCGCACUAUAAAUCAAAAAUAAUUUGCAGGACUUAAUGCCUGGAAUUAAUUUGAACGUCCCAAUCCAGUGGUCAAAGCUUAAAUGCUAACAUCGCUAUAAAAUCACAUCAAACAGGGAUACGAAAAGUCAAAUCCAAGGACAAUUAAUCAGCAAAUCGUAAUUGGAAAUCAUGUUUUUUUCUUCAGAAAUCCCUUAUCACUCAAAAUGGAGGUUGUGUGGACUAGUUUUGAUAAAGAACUGAUUAUGAGGAAGUAAAUUAAAUCAGUCAGCAACACUUAAAUCAUACCGAUAAUUAAUUCUUAACUAGAUUUGUUAUUAAUUUCAGGAAGAUAGAUAUUGUUGGGAGAGGUUAUUCUGGUUAUAACACUCGUUUGUGCAAACCAUUACUUCCAAUCCUCUAUCCAAAUAAGGACUCACUAAAGGAUUGUAAAUUUUUCACUAUUUUUCUCGGAGCUAAUGAUGCUUGUGCCACUCCACAACAGCAUGUACCAGUUGAAGAAUACAAAAAAAUUGGACGUGCCUACGGAUCACAUUUCACUAAUCAGUUUACCUCCUAUUGAUGAGAAUAAAUGGGGUGCUAUUGAAAUAGCUAAAGGAAGGGCAAUUACACGAAGACUAGAUACUUGUGCGACCUAUGCAAUUGCAUGUCAAGAGGUUGCCAACAUCAAUGAAGUUAGUUUUGUGAAUUUAUAUGAAGCUAUGUUAAUGCAAAAGAAUUGGGAGUCUUUUCUUUCAGACGGUUUACACUUUUCUAGAAAAGGAUCUGAGUUUUUGGCAAGGAUCUUAGAAAACUUACUUACGGAUAAACUAGGUGACUUAAAGUGGUGGUUUCCGGAUUGGAAAGUUAUAAACCCGAACGAUCCAGCGGAGUUUAUCAGUCACUAUCUUCAGUCCCAAAUGUGAUGUUUUCUAAAUGACGAAAGACUUCUACGUGGCUUCGCUAACUAUACUUAUUUAGAUACAUUGUGAUUGUUUCAAUUGUCUUCAUUUGUUAGUUCUUAUGUAAAGAG